AUGGAUAUGAAAUAUGCACAGGAAAUAGAUAGGAAAAAUGCUGCUAUAUUGGAUCUUGAAAACAGGCUUAAAAUAUCUGAUAAGCAACGCCUGGAUGAGAUCAAGAUUACAAAUGCAACCAGUGCUAUGAAAGUACAGGAUCUGAAGAAAGAAAUACUGAACUAUGAAAAUAAAUUGUCAAUCCUAACUAAGGAACUACAUGGAUCAAAGACAGACAAUGAGACCCUAUAUCGUAAAGUGAAUUCUUUGUUAAGUCAAAUCAUCAUAGAAGUAUGGAUAACGAAAUGAAGUUAGCUAUAGUAGGUAGCAGUUUAGUUGGAAAUGUUUUUAAUGCUAAUCCCAAAUGGAAAUUUAAAUCUAAAACAAAAAUAACAUGGCACUUUAAGCCCGGAGGUCACAUUGAUGACUUAGAUUAUUCAACAGUGAAUUUUAAAACCCUUAGACCCAACAUUGUGUUCUUGCAAACCGCGGGUAAUGAUUGUUCUGACGCUGGAAAAAAUUACUCCAAAUCAAUCAAUUUUCACAUUUCAACUAUAACAGAGAACUACUUAAAGGCCAUUUCCAUCAUUCAAAAGAAACUUUCUGAGAAAAAUGUAAUUUUAGUUGGGAAAAUUCCGAAUAGAUCAUAUCAUUGGAAGCAUUUGAAACACAAAAGUGAUAUUGAACGUACUAAUA